AUGAUCAACCAGUUUCGCCGCCAUCUGUUGCUAUUCGUUCUUGUUUCUUGUUCCUUUACAAGUAUUUGGGCUUAUACAGUGCAAGAGUACGAAGACCUUGACAACAUUGAGUUUUUUAAUUCCGGUGACAACAUAAAUAACGGUCUUACAUACCCAGGCGGCACAGGAUUGAUGCAAUUGUAUACCGGCAACAACUUUACCAAUUUGUAUAUACGUCUACUACAUCCAAACGGCACGUUGACGAAACUUACGUCUUAUGAUCCUGAUUUGUUUAUUCAGUAUGCUUAUCCGCUUAAGGACGGAUAUGUUUUUAUAAUUCAGAUAAAAAAUAAAGAUGGCAGGCAUAUUUACGGGAAGUUGAUGGAUUGGACUGGGCAGGUGUUACAACGUGAUGUGAUGCUUGCUGAUAUUCCUUUACACGAUAAUUUGGCACCAAUUGCAAAAGUUAAUAUCAACCCGAAUAAGGGUUUUAUUGUAGCAACUAUGGGUGGCAAUAAUGUAGUUUCAUGGAAAAUCUUUAGUGCACCCAACAGCACGCGUCAAAUAACUCAAUUAUACGAAGGCAUUUUCACAGAAAAUGAUGACAAAAUUCUGCAAGGUUACGAAGUUUUUCCCACUACAGAAGGCGGUUAUGGCAUAGUCCUCUUAAAAAGUGUAUCAACAUUCACUCAGGAUCCACUCGUCUCUAAAGUGUUCAACUCUUCUCCGCAAUGGUUUUUGUAUGUCACAUUCUGGAAACCUACUACCUCACAGUUCGACACACCUCAUCUUGUCUGGCAGAAUCCCGACCCACACGCUGACAUGAUGAUGUUAAAAAUGAUCGGAUGCGAUGUGGCUGUCGACGGAACAGGAUACUUUUGUAUUAUACUGGCCCCUGUAAACAGUCCUACUGUUGCAAACAUUAAGACUCCUGAUUAUGUAAGAGUGGCGUUUCUAUCUAGUGGUUCUGUAACUGAUGUCAAGGUUAUAUUGGGCGAUACGCAAAUUCAAAAGGGAGUAUCUGGAAUAUGGUCGGUGCCAUAUGGCGGAUUUAUGUCUGUAGAAUGGAAUGCGACUAGUCCGAAUGCUGCUACCAGGAGUUAUGUCCUAACUCUUGCUGAGCUCAUCCCCAUUGAUCCGUCACGCAUAACCACCAAUAGACACAACCAACCUGAUCCUAAUGCACCAGUUCGUCAGAUAUUGUUUCCAAUCACUCUCAAGUCGACUGUCGAUAAGUCGCAGAGAACGGUGCAGCAGAUUAUUGAUGAUCUCGACGAGCUAAUUAAGAAUAAAGGUUAUACUUCGUUUUCGCAAGAGUAUCCUACUAGCUACCUAGAUGAAACGUUUGGGUUUUUACCUGCUGCCAAUUUAUGGGAAGCUUACAAAUUUAAACUAAUUGGAUUACUUGUUUGUUUCUUAAUAUUAAUAAUAAUAUACUUUUAUGCAAAACGGAAGCAUCCAGAGGGCCAAAGUUUCGUUGUUGUAAAACUUGCACUAAUACUUGCAGAUUUGAGUCUCGAUAUAGCAUUCGUACUCUCAAGCGCAAAAAACGUUCCGCAAAUACUUACACCAAGUUCCUAUUAUCUUCAAUUCUGGCCUGGCAUUCUCAAUCUUAAUGAAGGAAAUAAGUGA